AUGGAAAACCUUGCGGAGAACGACAUGCUUGUCGACGACUAUGAACAAUACCCCAAUGAGAAGACUGAUGUUGUCGUCGUCUCUCGCUCAGGCUCCGAUGAGCCUGAGCCUGCGCCUUCUGCUGCUGACCAUGCGGCCAUGAUGGCACGAGUCCUACCUAAACCCGCUGACCUCGAGGCCGAAGACGAGAUUCAUCACACAUGGCACAUCAAGGAUUGGAGGAAGUCGGAACGCAAGCUGCACGGGCCGGUCUUUAACUGCGGCGGGUCUCCUUGGCGAAUUCUCUUUUUCCCGUACGGAAACCACUCCGAACAUGCCUCGUUCUACCUCGAGCAUGCCUGGGAAGGAGAACCACCCAAGGACUGGUAUGCCUGUGUGCAGUUCGCACUGGUCUUGUCAAACGUGAAGGAUCCCUCGAUCUAUGUCUCUCAUGUUGCAACCCACCGCUUCACUGCCGACGAGGGAGAUUGGGGAUUCACCCGAUUUUACGAUAUCCGAACCCUUUUCAAUGAGGCAUGGGAAGGCAAAGGCGUGCCACUGGUGCAGGAUGAUGAGGCCAACAUCACAGCAUAUGUUCGCGUUGUUAAGGAUCCCACCGGUGUUCUCUGGCAUAGCUUCCAGAAUUACGAUUCCAAGAAAGAGACUGAUAUGGUGGGACUCCGGAACCAGGGUGCUACCUGCUAUUUGAACUCGCUUUUGCAAUCGUUGUACUUUACCAAUGCUUUCCGCAAGGCUGUGUACCAAAUCCCCACUGAAGAGGAAUCUACUCGCGAAAACAGUGCAUGGACCCUCCAAAGACUUUUUUACAACUUGCAAACCAAUGAAUCCGCGGUCUCCACAACGGAACUGACUGUGUCUUUCGGUUGGGACUCCAGACAGGCAUUUGAGCAGCAGGAUGUCCAGGAGCUUUCACGAAAGCUUAUGGAGCGAUUGGAGGAGAAGAUGAAGGGUACAGUCGCGGAGAAGGCCUUGCCUGACCUGUUUGUGGGUAAGACGAAGACCUAUAUAUCGUGCAUCAACGUCGAUUAUGAAUCUUCUCGUGUGGAGGAUUUCUGGGAUAUUCAAUUGAAUGUUCGAGGUAAUAAGACGUUGGAUGACAGUUUCCGUGACUACAUUCAGGUUGAAACACUCGAGGGCGAGAACAAGUAUGACGCAGGCUCUCCGUAUGGCUUGCAAGAUGCAAAGAAGGGUGUGAUCUUUGAAAGCUUCCCACCGGUCUUGCACCUCCAUCUUAAGCGAUUUGAAUACGACCUCAAUCUUCUUACUAUGAUGAAAGUGAACGACCGACACGUCUUCCCCUUGGAAUUCGAUGCUGCUCCCUAUCUCUCCGAAAAUGCCGACAAGUCCGAGCCUUGGACCUAUGAGCUGCAUGGAGUCCUAGUGCAUAGUGGCGGCUUGGACGCCGGUCACUACUACGCGUUCUUGAAGCCCACUAAGGAUGGACACUGGUACCGCUUUGACGACGACCGAGUGAACCGUGUUACUGAGAAGGAAGUUCUGGAGGAAAACUAUGGUGGGGAGUAUGAACUGGCCAAUGGAGCCGCUGGCGUUCGUCAGCCAUACACCCGAACACUCUCAACCAAGCGAUCUAUGAACGCUUACAUGCUGGUUUACAUCCGAAAGACUCGCGUGGACGAUGUUCUGCUUCCAAUCACCAAAGAAGAUGUCCCAUCCCAUAUUGAGUCACGCUUGGCUGAAGACCGUGCAGAGGCUCUUCGUCGCAAGAAGGAGAGAGAAGAGGCCCACUUGUAUAUGAACAUUGGCGUCCUGACCGAGAAGUCCUUCCAGUCCCACCACGGAUUCGAUUUGUUCAGUCCCGAUCUUCCCGCUGAAGACCCGGCGCAACCCACCCAGUACCGUGUUCUCCGGGCGAAGAAAGUGGGUGAAUUUGCGAAGGAAAUGGCAGAGGAACAGGGUCUCAAUGUCGAUGCUAUCCGCUUCUGGGUGAUUGUCAACCGGCAGAACAAGACUGCUCGGCCUGACCAAGUCAUUACUGACUCGGACAUGACCGUUGAAGAGGCCUAUUCGAAAUACGGUACUAAGGGUAACACUUUUCGACUGUGGAUGGAGGUUUCUUCCGACGGCCAGUCUUUCCCUGACAGCAACGACUCGGCUUUGAUCUUCUUGAAGAACUUCGAUGCAGUCACUCAAACGCUGAGCGGCGUUGGACCUGUUUAUGUUUCAAAGAGUCAGAAAGUUGGUGACCUUGGGCCUAUCAUUCUCAAGAAGAUGAACUGGCCCGUGGGUACCGAGUUCAUGCUCUUCGAAGAGAUCAAGCACAAUAUGAUCGAUGUGAUGAAGCCUAAGCAGACGUUCCAGCAAUCUGAGAUCCAGGACGGUGAUAUCAUUACGUUCCAGCGGACAGUAAAGGAGUCGGAGCUCCCGGCAUCGGCCCUCUACACCGACGCCAGACAGUUCUACGAUUAUCUUUUGAACCGUAUGGAUGUCACCUUUGCUCCUAUCACGGCCUCCGAGACUGAAGAAUUCACCUUGACUCUCAGCCGGAAGAUGACUUACGACCAAUUUUCGAAGAAGGUGGGUGAACAUUUGAACGUGGACCCAACUCAUUUGCGGUUUGCGCCAGUAAUGGCGAGCACUGGCAAAGCCAAGGCUUUCCUCAAGCGAUCCAUCACUUCAACCUUGGCUCAAAUUCUCAAUGGCCAAUAUGGUACAUAUGGUUACACCAUGCACCGGUCGGAUGCCCUAUACUACGAGGUCCUGGACAUGAGUCUCAGCGACUAUGAAAGUAAGAAGUGCUUCAAGGUGACAAUGCUUACCGAAGGAAUCACCAAGGAAGAGACCGUUGAGAUCCUGGUGGCCCGCAAUGGAACCGUCUCUGAGCUUCUCUCGGCUCUGCAGCAAAAGACCAAGCUUGAUGACGAAGCUUUCCAGAAUAUGAGGCUCUUUGAGGCCCACGGUGGAAAGUUUUACAAGGAGCUUCGCGAGGACUUCAAUGUGGCAUCGAUCAAUGAAUACUCCACACUGUACGCAGAGCGGGUUCCUGCCGAGGAGCUAAUUAUGGAAAGCGACGACCGGAUUAUCAAUGCCUACAACUUUGACCGAGAGCCUAAUCGCCCUCAUGGAGUCCCCUUCAGAUUUGUCGUCAAGCCUGGCGAGAUCUUCAAGCAGACUAAGGAACGUCUCUCAAAGCGAACGGGCAUCAAGGGAAAACCUUUCGAAAAGAUAAAGUUUUCUAUCGUUCCCCGCAACUCCUUCCCGAAUGCUAAGUAUAUUGAGGAUGAUGACAUCCUUUCAGACAUUGCUGGUCCCGAAGAUCUCCUUGGCCUGGACCACGCCAGCAAGAGCCGUGGAUUCUGGGGCAAGAGCGAGAGCUUCUUCAUUAGAUAA